GCGAUACGGCAGCAUCUCGGCACCGCCUGCUACAGACGUGACAUGUCGCUAAGCGAGGAAGAGGAGGCGGUUUCCUCCCCUCGGACCUGUCUGUCACCGGGGAGGCAGAACCCACGGAAAGGUCUGUGUGAUGGUCAAGGAGUCAGCGUGUCUGUGAACCCAUGGCAUCCAUGUUGGGUGUCCACGAGCGCGGACCCUUUGUGUCGUGUCUGCUGGGCCUGUACGGUUGCCGGUGGCGCCGCCAGCACGGGAGCAGCACCCCACCUGGAGACUGCUGCUGCAACAAGUUGGAAGGCGUGAGCUUGGCUCUGCUGGUGGUGGCCUUCUGUCUCACCCUGCUGUUUCUGUACUUCUGGGGCCAAGCCAAGAACGAUUACAAUGACUUUGAUUGGUUCAACUUUGGCAACAUGGGCUUCUGGUUCCCGUGGUCUGUGGUGCUGCUGGUCAUCGCCGCAGUGUUCUUCUCCUACACGGCCAUGCUCAUGCUCUUGGCCAUCUGCUUGCUGUCCCAGAGACAAAAACUACGUUUACAUUGGAGCCACAAGGUGGGCAUCGUGGUGAGCCUGACGUUUGCCAUCGUGGCGAUGGCCAUCAUGGCCGACCUUUGGAGUCAAGAAUGGACAACGCUGCUUCUUUCCUUCCAAGUGACGGCGCCAUAUUUGCAUUUGGGCGGAGUCUUGUUGAUGACAGCGCUGGCCUGGCCAGUCGCGUUGCAUUUCUUUCGCAUGACCAGCAGAGCAAGGCGGGGCCUAAUUUUGUUUGUCUACCUGACAUUCCUAUUGGUCCUUUACUUGGUGCCACUGGGCUUGUACUCUCCAUGUAUUAGACACAAAGGGUCCCUAGGCCCCCCACCGGCCCUCAUUGGCCACAGAGGAGCCCCUAUGCUAGCUCCAGAAAACACGCUAAUGGCCUUCGAGAAGGCGGUGGAGGCAGGAAGUGAAGGCCUGGAGACGGACGUCACUAUCAGCUAUGACGGCGUUCCCUUCCUGAUGCACGACCGCACGUUACGGCGAACCACCAACGUCCAUCAGGUUUUUCCCAACCAAGCCGAUGCCCCAGCGGCCAUGUUUUUGUGGUCGGAGCUACAGAGGCUCAACGCUGGAGCCUGGUUCCUCUCUAGUGAUCCAUUCAAAACGGCGAACUCGCUUGGAGAGGACGACCGACUUCAGGCGGGAAACCAGUCUGUCUGCAGCCUGCAAGACUUCCUCCAGUUGGCGGCGCGCACUGACAAACUGGUGAUCUUUGACCUCUACCGUCCCCCACAAGGACACCCGUACAGGGACACGUGGAUCCACCGCACGCUGGAGGUCAUUCAUAACGAGUCGUCCAUUCAGCCCUCACAGGUGCUGUGGUUGCCCCCGGAGCUGCGGUCUGAGGUGGUGAACAUGGACCUGGGCCUACAGCAGACGUCCGGCACAGAGCUCCCUCUAGAGGAGCUUCAUAAGAAUCGCAUCGUCAAGCUCAACCUGCACUACACUUCCCUGUCGACUCAGCGCAUCAGCGCGUACGCAGCACUGAACAUCAGCACUAACCUGUACGUGAUCAGUGAGGCGUGGAUCUACUCGCUGGCCUGGUGCUCGGGCGCACACUCGGUCACCACCAACGACCCCCAGCUUCUUCACGCCAUGACGCGACCUCUUUUCCUUAUGACUCCUGAUGAAUUCAACGUAAUGUGGAUCGUCACUGAUGUGUUGUCACUGCUGCUCAUUGUGGCUCUUUUUGCCUUUCACAGGUGGCGAGAGCGAAGACUGGCUGACGUCCGAUCGGUACUCAAAGUCACACUGGAUGGAGGCACAUACGUCCAGUUCAAAACAGAGCUGAGUGACAUAUGGUCCGUUUCAAGCAAUCCGACUUGGCCUUCGGAGCAAACACCCAAACUGGCAACCUUGUCUGCUCAGUCAACCUGGCAACCGGCGAGCUAAAUCAGCCCCAAUCCCCACUUCGCUUCAUUUCAUUA